AUGAAGUUCUCAACUUCUCGACUCGUGGACCCCUCAGACUAUCAGCUUGAAGGUCUCGAUGGUCUCUGCGACGACGUACCUUUUCGAGAGCACAAUGACCCUAUCAAAGGGGAUAUUGGUGCUAUUCGCGCCCAAGAGGAUUGGAAGAGACUUGUGGGCCCCUUGAAAGAUUUCAAAGGAGGUCUGGCACCCAGAGGUAACUUCGUUGCUAUGACUAUGCCAGAAUGCCUUCCUGAAAGGCUUGAAGUCAUUAGCUACGCGAGCGAGUUCGCCUAUCUACAUGACGGUAAAUCUCCUGUCACCUUACUUACAACGACAGACGUUACCGAUACUGUUAGCAAAGCACAGCGUGCUGCUGAGAACGAUCAUAUGUUAGAAGCCUUCUGUGAAAGUCUGCAAGAUGGGCCCAUGCAGCCUGGUCCUCAAGGAAAGAAGCAAAUUCAGCUUCAGCUACUGCAAGAGAUGAUGGCAAUUGAUAAAGAGCGAGCAUUGAUCUCGACCAAAGCCUGGGCUAGAUUCGUGGAGUUAGCGGCAGGACGUCAACAUGAUGCUUCUUUUACGAGUCUGGAGACUUACAUUCCAUACAGGAUAUUGGAUGUUGGGGAAACUUUCUGGUUCGGCAUGUUGACGUUCGGUCUGGGUAUCACAAUUCCGGAGGCAGAAAUUGAAACAUGCAAGCAACUUACUAGACCUGCAUGGAUUGUCUGUGGACUUACCAAUGACCUUGUAUCUUGGGACAAGGAAUAUGAUGAGGCUGUUCGCACGGGAGCUUCAGGCGUUGUGAACGCUAUAUGGGUAUUGAUGAAAGAGCGAUCCACCGGUAUUGAACAAGCGAAACAACUAUGCAGAGAAAUCGUCAAAAACAACGUCAAAGAGUUUCUGAAGGUCGUCAGAGACAACAAAGACAACCCAAAACUGUCGACAGAUCUGCGACAGUACCUUGAAGCCAUGCUAUAUACCCUAAAAGGACAUGCUGUUUGGUGUUUGACAUGUCCACGCUACAACCAGAAUGCCGAGUACAACGAUCGCCAAUUGGCAAUGCUGAUGAAUGGUGUCAACAGCUACAUACACAAGAGCGCAAAUCGGCGAUGCCCAGGCUUUAGUAGCAUCGAGUUUAUAGACGAAACUCCUGCAGUGCGCGAAACCUACGAAAUCGCGAACGACCGACGGGUGAAAGGCUCAAGGCAUGCCUCAAAAGCUACCUCAUCCGGUGCAUCGGAGUCAGCAAUCUCCCGCAGGUCAUAUAGCCUCUCUGCAGGCUCAAAAAGCCAUGACACAAGAGAGAAUCUAUUGGCUCUUGAAAGCGCUUGGCCUCAAGGCACGUGUGAGCGUAUCUCAUUGAUAUCACUCUUCGCGCCAACCCUCUACCAGGAUCAAUUACUGGCCGAUUUCCUGCAUUCCAUAUACGAGCCCAGGCAUGCCGCUAGCCUGCCUGCACAUGGUCUGUGGCUAGCAGAAGUAGCCAAAAAGUCCACACUGUCCGACGCUCUGACAUGGUCGAUCCGCGCCCUCUCAAUCUCGCAGAUCGGGCGAAGAGCGAAUGACACCCCUUUGGUGGAAACAUCUAGGUAUCUAUAUGGCAAAGCCCUAGUCAAGCUCAACGUCGCUUUGCAAGACGUAAAAGAAGGCUUGUCUUCAGAUACAUUGAGCGCGACGCUGCUGCUCUCCUUUUAUGAAGUCUUCAAUUGUACCAGCGAUCAUUCUUGGGUAAGGCACGCUGGAGGUGCAGGCAAUCUCAUCCGUAUACGCGGGCCAGCAAUGCACAGGUCUGGCUUCGAUCGGUCAGUCUUCUUAGCAUGCCGCUUCUCCAUUAUUAUGGAGGCAUUCAAUCAGCGCGUGCCUUGUUUUCUAGACAGUCAACCUUGGCGGGCUCUAGGAUGGGAUUUACGGAAUGAAUUUGCGAACGAGCUCGGAUGCGGAGGGUCGUCCCUCGUCCUCGACAACACUGAUGAGGAAUUUUUCCAGAGGAUUGUAGCACUUCCAGGCUAUUUGAAGGAGAACAGAGAAUUGAUCAAUCGCGAAGAAGCGACUCUCUUGGAGCUCGACGCCAUGCAUGAACGAGGCAAGUCUUAUCGUGCGCAACUUGCACAGAUCCACCAAAAAAUGUCUCAAGCGAUGAGUCGAGCUGGCACCAUCAUCACUGAAGACAAUAACCCUGCUGAGGAUACGACUUUUCCUGUAGCGUACGUUUUCCCAGAUAUCUACAUCGCUUCGCUGUUCUGCGGCUAUCAGACAACCAUAAGCGCCAUCAACAUUAGUAUUAUGAGCCUCGAAGCUAGGAUAGCCGGUCUGUAUACCCCAGACAAAAUGCCAGCCGUGACCACCCUGCUAGGUGUGUACAACCGUCCCAGUGAAAGCAUUGACACGCAAUCACGGCGCCAUCUCAACGGUGUGUGGUACGCUGCAACCCGAACAGGCAAUGCUCACAAGCUCAACAUGGAGAAUGCCAACCACGCGAGAGAAAUUUGCAAAUCCGCGAGAUACCUGGCUCGUGCACCUUUCCUAGGACCACUACACCUGGUUGUGUCCCUCCGCUUUGCAAUGCGGAUGUGUAUUACUAGAGCUGAAAAGGCUUGGUGUGUUCGUACGCUAGAGCAACUCGGUCGCGGAGUGGGCAUAGCGAAUACGGAAGUGAAGAAUUACAUGGGGCCGAAAGAGGGCACUGAUUUUGUCGAAUGGGAGGAGGCGGCAACUGGAAGUGGGUCCUAG